AUGCCAUCUGCCACUGCCACUUGGCACAACGAUACCUACUCGGCAAUCUCCGCUCUCCGGCCUGAGCUCAGCGCCAAAGGGAAGACUGUGGUGAUUAUUGUUUCGGGUAGUGGCGUGGGUAGACAAAACGCUCUUUCGUUCGCGAAAGCCCAAGCCGCCCGCAUCAUUCUGCUGGGACGUCGAGAGGCGAGCUUGCAGGAGACGGCGAGCCUGGUUUCGUCGGCUUCCUCUGGUGUCGAGACGUUGGUCCGGGCAGUCGACACCACCAAUCUCGAGGGCUUGAAGACGAUCGCCGCCGAGGUCGGGACAUGGGACAUUCUAGUCAUCGCCUCAGUCCACGCGUCUACCGUCUCUACCCUUGCCUCCGCCGACAUUGACGAGUGGUGGCAAGGCUUUGAGACCAAUGUGAAGGGUCUGGUCUUGGCCGUCAAGGCCUUGCUCCCUACAGCCAACAAAGCCGGUUUGGCCGUGCUGGCUUUGACGAGCCAGACAACGGCCUUUCCGACUGUCAUGGGCCCGGGAAUGUCUGGUUACAAUGCGUCCAAGAUAGCCCAAAUCAAGGUGGUCGAGUACCAAGCUGCCGAGGAGCCUAACAUUUUCGCCGCGACAAUCCAUCCAGGCAUCUGCGACACGGCCGUUCUUGCAAAGAGCGGACUGAAGCCCGAUCAGGUCCCAUUGGAUCAAAUCGCGCUCCCGGGUGAUUUUCUCGUGUGGUUGGCGAGUCCCGAAGGAUCGUUCUUGAAAGGCCGUUCAGUCUCCGCCAACCGGGACGUUGAUGAGCUCAAAGCGCAAGCCGAGAGCAUUCAGUCUGGGUUGACCAUGACAAGCGGUAUCUAUGGAUGGCCGUACCCCCACACGGGGUCUGCCUGGACGGAGCCAGCAACAUCAGCCUGA